AUGUUAUGUUGUUAUGUUUUCCUGAUAGGCAUUAAAGUGAUUGGAGGCAUUAAAGAAUUUACUGGAGAGGAAUAUGGGGUUUACGUUAAGAGAAUCCUACCAGGAGGUGUUGCUCAUGCUGAUGGCCGCCUGCAACCGGGGGACCAGAUCUUAGAAGUUAAUGGAGACAGUUUGCUUGGCGUUACAAGCGAAAGAGCGGUGGAUAUCCUCAGGACAGCUUCCGCCACCAGCCACAUGCGCCUUCUUAUUGCCCGAGAUGACGAUGCCCGGAGAGAAUUUGCAGAACUGCUGGAAAAAUUCGGAUCUCAUAGCAACACAGGUUCGGCACGCAGCUCACCGGUUCUCCAUGGUGGGGGCAGGUAUUUGGAGAGUACGUCCUCGGGGUCUUCGUCUCGUUCCCAGAGCCCUUUGUUGCUGAGCCCGGCAAAUUCCCACGGACCACUGAUUGGGAAUCCAGGACACACGCCACACCCACCAUCGCAUUGCUCCAUCGAAUCUGGGAUCCAGAGCAUCUCUAUAGCAAAAUCCUCUGGGCUGGGUGUGACCAUCGGAGGAGGGGCCAACCGGCCGGAUGGGCCCAUGGUUUACAUCCAAGAAGUGCAACCAGAAGGCGACUGUUACAGGGAUGGCCGUCUCCGGGUGGGCGACCAGCUCAUCGCUGUCAAUAAAGACUCUCUGGUGGGGGCCACACAUGAAGAGGCCAAAAGGAUUCUUGCGAAAACAAAAUUCAGACAUGAGGGAAACACUGAAGUGGCCUUUAUUUCCGGAAGAGGACGGUUCCAUCCCGGACUCUCAGCUCACAACAGCACCCAUUCCUUGCCGACUAAAGCUGUGGGGAACGGCCUGAGCACCUGCAGGUUGAAAGUCCACGUGAGAUCCCCUGAGAGCAGACACGACAGUCCCUUCCCUGUGCCUUCUCCAUCUCCAGACAUCUGUCCGCCAGAGCUCACCAUUUCCGCUCCUGUUUCCUCUUCAAACCAGCGAGCGGCUCCAGCCACCAAGCCAAAAGUGGCCCUGGAUCCUCACAUUCGCCUCAAGGAUGGCAAACUUGAACUGAUGCUGCAAUAUUUAAGUCUUGAUGUGAAUGAGGAGAAGAAGAGGCAGUUGCGGCAAAGUUUGACAACUGACUCUCAGGGAACAGUAGCCUAUGGAGACGUCCUCCAAGCACUGAGGGAUCUGCUGCCAGAGGAGCUCGAGGAGGCCAGCCUCAAUUCCAACUCAGUGCUCUUCACUCAGCAUGAAGUGGCCACCCUACUGGACACAUCAGCUUUCCAUUCUCUGACUUUCGACUCCGUCAGUUGCAAUGACAGUGAAGAGUUGGAGCAGCUACAGCUGGAAAUGACAGACCUGCGGCAAGAAGUCCGGAGGUUAAAGUCUCUCCUGAAGGAGGUAGAAAGCAACAAGAAGUCCAUGGAAGAUGAGCUUCAGAGACUGAACCAGAAGGCACUGGGCUUCCUCUCAGAGAACCGAACCCUGCAUAACAAGCUGCAGGUAGCAGAGGUGUCCCAGCGGCAAGCCCACAGCGCGGAGCAAGAUUACGAAGAAGUGAUCCAUUUGCUGGAGGCUGAGAUCACAGAGCUGAAGACUCAGCUGGUGGGGAAGAAGACGAAACAGGCUUCAGAAGCAGAGAGUGAUGUCCUGGAGCUGAAAAGGCGCUUGUCCCUGGUUGACGGGCAGUUGAAAAAGUCUGAGGUCACGCGGAAACGGCUGGAGAUCUACAACAGGAAGCUGCUCUUAUUUGUGCAGAAUGCCCAUAAGCUUUUGAGCACAUCUACCACAUUACCGGAGGAGAAGAGAGCUGACAGUCAAGCAGGCGAGGAUAAAACAGGAAGAACCUCAGAAGCUCCUCUUCCACCUCCAGAUCUUGCGGGCUUGUUGAUAGCAGAGGCAAAAGAGCUCUUGGAGCCCAUCUCGUCAUCUAAUGCCACAAAGGAAGCUUUUCUGUAUGACUGGGAUGACUGUACAGCUGGUGACAGCACCCCUGACUACAAAGACUAUCUUCACCAGAAGACAACGUGGCCUCCUCCUCCUCCGAGUGAAAGCACCAAUGGUGACCCGCAGUCUCCAAGCACCUCCAAGGGUCCCUCUGAGAAGCCUGCAUAAGUCUCCAGCCUCGGUCUGCUCCUCCUAUUCCUCAUUUUGUAUAUUCCGAGCCUGGACACUCUGCUUGGGAGGCAGAAAAGGAGAAGCGCAACUGAUGAGAAGAACCCCAUGAAUGUUUCUCUUCUUAAGACGACUGACUCUCCUAACCCAAACGUCCAAGGCUUUAAGUAACAACACUGUCCUCUUGGUGGCUACCUCUGGAUUGUUGCACAUGAGGCUAUUCCCCCUGGAUUUAAAGAUUUAGAACAAGAAAGAAUACCUGGGGGACAUAUUGCCAUAGGAUGUCUGAAUUUCCCAGGCAGAGGGCUGAAGAACCAGUAGCCUAUAGCAACAAGAGCAGCAGCCUGCUGCUGAGGGGCUACC